GGAUCGGUCUCACCAAAAUGCAGCCCUGUGAAGCACAAGAUGCUGAAGAAAACAGGGAACCUCUCCUCCCUGCCUCAUCCCAAGCUAUGGAGGAUUCCUCCACGCCUUGUGAUGCGUUAAUAAUAUUAUUUUUUCCCAGGGUGGGUGGUGGACCAUGGGUCCCCCCCGUCCACAGGAAACCAUCGUGCUCUGCCCCAGCCGGGCUGUUUUUUUCCCCAAGCAGGCGUCGGGUGCGUGCCGUCGGGGUGCUGACUCUGCCUCUUGGCCAAGGAGCUGCAGGAGGAGAAAGCAAGAGCUGUUUGCUCCCCUUGUUUGCUUUCCUUCAUGCCGUGACACGCCGGGCAUCCCACGUGCGCUGCCCAUUGACCGGGCGGUGUUUUGUCUGCAGGGGAAGGCGGCGGCGGAGGUGCUGUGGGGAUGUUUGCAGAGCUCGGGACACCUCGGUCGGUGCCUCCAGCCCCUCUCCAAAGCUCCUGCACCCCGCAGGGUGCAGGGCCAGAGGGUGAGCGUGCACCCCGAGCCGUGUCACCGUCCCCUCUGUGGCACAAGGCUCCUUUUCUCCUCCUCGGCUGCUUGCAGGGCACGCCAGGCGCCCGCUGCGCAUUCCCCACCCCGGGGAAUAGCUGGGAUUCCUGCAUUGCCUCCCCCAAAAUGGCACCAAAGGCAGCAGCAGCAGGCAGAGGACGGAGUCCCUGAGCAGCAGGAACCCCCCGAGCUCCCCAGAGACUUUUCCAGUCCCAAGGUGUGAGAAAUCACUGGCAGAGCUGCUUUUUGCACCAGCACCUCGGAGCUGGGGUGCUCUGCAACAGCUUUUGGUUUGGAGCCCUGCGAGGCUGCAGAUUCCCGGAGUGCCCACUCGCUGCUGUGCCCCGUGGUGAUCGCCGUGAAGCCCCAGCUCCUGGCGCCGUGCCCUCUGCGGAGGAGCUUGGCUCUUGUUCAGGGCCUCACAGCACAGAGAUCGCAAGGGAGCACAGGGCAAAGAAACCCCAAAGGCUUUUUUUUCAUUUUGCUUUUUCAGGAAGAAGCCUGGGGGAGAGGAUUGAGUUUUUUUUUUUUUUUUGCAGGCUGAGCCCUGACACGGUGCAAAACUUGGGGCUCGGGGCUGCACCUCGCUGCCAAAGCCCGGAGCAGGCGGUGGCCGUGGUGGCUCUGCUGCUACCCGCUGCGUUUCCAGGUCACACAGAAACCCCACGGGAAGGUUUGGGAGCACAGCCACUGGCAGGACCAGCUCUUCCCGUGGGAUUUCUGCCCCAGCCCUACAACUUUGCAAAACCCUGGGGUUUUGCCAAGGUGUGCAUGGGGAGGGUGCAGGAGGGGCUGGUCCGAGCAUCGUCCCUGUGCUGUGCCCGGAGGUCCUCACGCUGCACCCAUGCUGAGAUUGGCCUCGUACCUGUCUGUACCUGUGCUCCCUGCCUGUGCAGGCUCCUUGCCAUGGGGAGGGUGGGCGUGCAAGGGGGGGUCUCAGUGACCCCCAUCUGGGCCUGUAAAAUGGGUACAAAGCUGUGGCUGGGUGGCACCGAGCCCUGAAGAUAGGGCUCACUGGGCCCCCAGGUCACUUCACCUUGCAGUGCAAGCAGGUGUAAGGGUGAUGGGGAGGGGGCAAUCCCCCCUCUUUUGGGGCUGUGAAUGGCUUGGGGUGCUGAGGAGCUGCCCUCUAGCCCUCUACUGCCCCAAACUGGGGACAUUUAGUGGGCAAAUCCACCCCCGGGGCACAGAGAGGGAGCGGGGCUCCCGGAGGAGCAGCAGGCGCUGGAGGGUUAACGGGGAGUGUUUGCAGCCAGUCCCUUGUCACCAAGGAGAAGGGAGCAGCACUUGGGAAGGAAACAAAACACCCACUGCCCAGGAGGGACAUUUCCCUUCCCGGGGCUGCCUCGCACAGCCCUGAGACCCCAGAAGGGCUCCGGCACCCCACAGGCAGCCAGCCCUCGAGGGGACGAGCGGUGUCCCCCUCCUGGUGGCCUUGGUGGCAGAGAGCGAGCAGCACGGGGUGAGUGGGGAGGUGGGCUGGGGACACAGCUGGGGCAGCUCCCUGUGUCCCCAUCGCCCUUCUUCUCCCUCUGCCUCCUCCCAGCCCGGGAUUUUAUGGCACGAUGUGGGGGGCACCGGGUGCCGCGGAGAGGAGCAUCCGUCCCUACCGCUCCAGCCAGCAGUACCUGUGCGCCAUGAAGGAGGACCUGGCCGAGUGGCUGAAGGAGCUCUACGACCUGGACAUCGAGGCGGGCACCUUCCUGGAGGUGCUGGAGACGGGGGCCGUGCUCUGCUCCCACGCCAACCACGUUGCCCAAGCUGCCGGGGAGUUUGCCCGUGCCUGCCCCGCCGCAGCUCGCCGCCUCCGCCUGCCCGCGGCCGGUGUCGCCUGCAACCUGGCGGCACAGCCGGGCACCUUCCAGGCCAGGGACAACGUCUCCAACUUCAUCCAGUGGUGCAGGAAGGAGAUGGGGAUUAAAGACGUCCUGAUGUUCGAGACGGAGGACCUGGUGCUGCGGAAGAACGAGAAGAACUUCGUGCUCUGCCUGCUGGAGCUGGCGCGCCGCGCCGCCCGCUUCGGCAUGCGCGCCCCCACCCUGGUGCAGAUGGAGGAGGAGAUCGAGGAGGAGCUGCGGCAGGAGCUGCACCUGCCCCCCAAGGACACCCCCCUGCCACGGCCCCCCAGGGAACCCCGGGACCUCCGAAACCUCGACCAGAUGGUCCAGCACCUGGUGAGCCGCUGCACCUGCCCCGUGCAGUUCCCCAUGAUUAAGAUAUCGGACGGGAAAUACCGCGUGGGCGACUCCGACACCCUCAUCUUUGUCCGGAUCCUGCGGGAACACGUCAUGGUGCGGGUCGGGGGCGGCUGGGACACGCUGCAGCACUACCUGGACAAGCACGACCCGUGCCGCUGCACCUCGCUCUCUCACAAGCAGCACACCCGGAGCAGGCCCCCCCAGCAGGUGCAGCACGAGGUCCAGCUCUGCAAAGCCCCCCCGGCCCCCGGCCGCAGGCAGCCCUCGCUGCUGGUCAGCCGCUCGCAGAGCCCGCUGCCCCCCGUCGGCAUGGGGACCCCGCGCCCCCCAGGCCCCCCGCUCCGGCCCUCUGCGCCCCUGCCACCCCCUCGCCGGGUGAGCCCUCACCGGGAGCCAGCGCAGCCCCGGAGGGUCCCUUCGGGCAGGACACGGGAGCCACCGCCGAGGUCCCCCGCUCGACCCAGCACCCCCGGCUGUGGGGCCACGCAGCGGGCACCUACCCCGUCCCGGCGGGCCCCAGGCACACGGGGCAGUGCGGGGGUCCCCGAGGUGCCACCUGGGAGUAUCCUGGGGACCCCCCGUUCUGCAGCAGCACAGGGCAGGGGCAGGGCCCCCAGUGCCCAGAGUCGGGCACCGCUGCCUCCAAAAACCACCCAGCAAGGGGGGAACUCGUCCGUGGGGGCUGCCAGGCUGCAGCAAGCAGGGGUCCCUGCUGCCGCCGUGCCCCGUGCCCACAGCCCCAUCAAGGUCAGGUCAGUUCUUCCUCCCCGCACCGCGAUGCCCGGGGGGCAUCACAGAGCAGGAAAAGCUCCCAGGAAGGGAAUCCGGGCAGCCGGUGGACGUGGCCAUCCAGCACCACCCCAAAACUCUUUGAGCCAAGCUCCAAAAGGGGACAGAAGUGUUAAACCCCCCAGCAAAGCCAGCCCGGCUGGCUGCCGGCCCCUGACCCCUCUGUCCCCUAUUGCAAACGGGUGCAAGGGCUGUGCUGCUGGGGAGGGGCCCCAGCGGUGCCACCCAGCCACGAGCCCACCAGCCAAGGAUGCUGAGAGCCCCGGGGUGCCAGCAGAUGAACCGGGGGGAACCUGUGGCCAUGGCAGGGGGGGCUCGGGGCUCCAGGGGUGCUGGGCACACUCACAGCCCCCAGGCUACGACAGGGUGCUGGAGGAGCUCUCCCAAAACCGGCAGCCCCUGCGCCCUGUGGAGAUGGAGAGCUGGGUGGCCCCAAAACCCCCCAUGGCCACCCCGCAGUGUGCCACCCUCCCAGCUGGGGGGACCACGGAGGAGCUGGCAGCGGGGGCCCAGACCCCGCAGGGCACGAGGGCAGCCACCCUGCCGAAACCCCGGCGCUGCCUGAAGAAACCCGAGCGCGUGCCCUCCAUCUACAAGCUGAAGCUGCGGCCCAAAGUGCGUCCCCGGCGGGACCACCGGCCCGGGAAGGGCCCCUCACGCAUCCCCACCCCGCUGGGGCAGCGCCUGCCCCGUGCCCGGGGCCAGCAUCGCCCCCCAGCCCCGGCGCGACGCCCGCAGCCUGGGGGCGCGCACCCACAAGCCAAGCCCUCUCCAGCCGACAGCGGCGCCUGGCUCACCGAGGACGAUGAGGAGGCGUGGGUCUGACCCCAUACCCCUUGGGUUUUGGGGGACCGCUUGCUUGUGAGAGCCACAGGUGCCCAAAUUGGGGGCUGAGCCCCGGGAGGUCAGCGCAGGCAGCGCGAGGCGUUUGCUUCUGGGGACACCACUGCGUGCCUCGGUCUUCCCCAUCUGCGCAAUGGAACCAAGGAUGCCUGAGCCUUCCAGCACGCAGAGCCCUACCGGCCUGCUGAGCUCAGGGCAGGGUGACACGAUGACACGAUUUUCCUGAUGCUCUGCUGGCAGUUUCCCCACGGGCCCUGGUUUGGAGCAGCCCCCCCUGCAUUAAGGCUGCUCCGGCAAGGACGCGUCCGCAGGGGUGGCACGGGGCGGCGGCAGCGGUCGGUGCUUGUGCAAUAAGAGCUGUACCAAAGCCUCUUCUCUCCCAGCAGCUUUUCUGUGUGGGCAGGGAGGGAGAAGUCCUCGGUGACCGGUUCCGUGGGCAGCGAGCCCUGCUGGUGGCAAGGAUCCUGCCAAGGGGAACGCGGUGUCCCCAGGGGGCUUCCAGCGCCGCGGCGGGGCUGCGAGCGGUCCGGCGCCACGAGCAAGGAGCAGCGAGGCGGGUACAGAACAAGGGGGACAGACCUGAUUUUAAUUCGGGUUCAAGUAAAGGGGUGCAGGGCAUUUCAGGAGGUGGAGACGCCUUGGGAAUCUCCAACGAGAAGUCCAGGGGGAAAGGGGAGCCAGGUCCUGGAAACCGUGAUGCACCUCCAGGAGGAGGAGAGGGCGAGCAUCCUCAUCGGGGCUGCACCGAGCCCACCUCGGGCUGUGUGACACCUCCUGGCUCAGCACACACACACGGGGCAGAAAACGAUAUAUUUUUUUCCACCUUUCUGCCCCUGGAGACAGCUGGGGACAUCCUCAGCCUCCCCCCAGCUCGGCAGCAGGUUAUCUCUGUGUGGACGUAGAGCCGAGCGAGGAAACACAGAGCGGGACGAGGAGGUGGUGGCAGAGCGGUAACACUUUGG